CGGAGGUAGCAUUUCCCAGGAGGCGCCGUCCCCCCCAGGGGGAUGGGCACAGCCACACCAGAUGGACGAGAAGACCAAGAAAGCAGAGGAAAUGGCCCUGAGCCUCACCCGAGCAGUGGCGGGCGGGGAUGAACAGGUGGCAGUGAAGUGUGCCAUCUGGCUGGCAGAGCAACGGGUGCCCCUGAGUGUGCAACUGAAGCCUGAGGUCUCCCCAACGCAGGACAUCAGGCUGUGGGUGAGCGUGGAGGAUGCUCAGAUGCACACCGUCACCAUCUGGCUCACAGUGCGCCCUGAUAUGACAGUGGCGUCCCUCAAGGACAUGGUUUUUCUGGACUAUGGCUUCCCACCAGUCUUGCAGCAGUGGGUGAUUGGGCAGCGCCUGGCACGAGACCAGGAGACCCUGCACUCCCAUGGGGUGCGGCAGAAUGGGGACAGUGCCUACCUCUAUCUGCUGUCAGCCCGCAACACUUCCCUCAACCCUCAGGAGCUGCAGCGGGAGCGGCAGCUGCGGAUGCUGGAAGAUCUGGGCUUCAAGGACCUCACACUGCAGCCGCGGGGCCCUCUGGAGCCAGGCCCCCCAAAGCCCGGGGUUCCCCAGGAACCCGGACGGGGGCAGCCAGAUGCAGUGCCUGAGCCCCCACCGGUGGGCUGGCAGUGCCCCGGGUGCACCUUCAUCAACAAGCCCACGCGGCCUGGCUGUGAGAUGUGCUGCCGGGCGCGCCCCGAGGCCUACCAGGUCCCAGCCUCAUACCAGCCCGACGAGGAGGAGCGAGCGCGCCUGGCGGGCGAGGAGGAGGCGCUGCGUCAGUACCAGCAGCGGAAGCAGCAGCAGCAGGAGGGGAACUACCUGCAGCACGUCCAGCUGGACCAGAGGAGCCUGGUGCUGAACACCGAGCCCGCCGAGUGCCCCGUGUGCUACUCGGUGCUGGCGCCCGGCGAGGCCGUGGUGCUGCGUGAGUGUCUGCACACCUUCUGCAGGGAGUGCCUGCAGGGCACCAUCUGCAACAGCCAGGAGGCGGAGGUCUCCUGCCCCUUCAUUGACAACACCUACUCCUGCUCGGGCAAGCUGCUGGAGAGGGAGAUCAAGGCGCUCCUGACCCCUGAGGAUUACCAGCGAUUUCUAGACCUGGGCAUCUCCAUUGCUGAAAACCGCAGUGCCUUCAGCUACCAUUGCAAGACCCCAGAUUGCAAGGGAUGGUGCUUCUUUGAGGAUGAUGUCAAUGAGUUCACCUGCCCUGUGUGUUUCCACGUCAACUGCCUGCUCUGCAAGGCCAUUCAUGAGCAGAUGAACUGCAAGGAGUAUCAGGAGGACCUGGCCCUGCGGGCUCAGAACGAUAUGGCUGCCCGGCAGACGACAGAGAUGCUGAAGGUGAUGCUGCAGCAGGGCGAGGCCAUGCGCUGCCCCCAGUGCCAGAUCGUGGUGCAGAAGAAGGACGGCUGCGACUGGAUCCGCUGCACCGUCUGCCACACCGAGAUCUGCUGGGUCACCAAGGGCCCACGCUGGGGCCCUGGGGUGAGUCUUUGCUCAUGGUGGUGUGGAGAGGGUGCCCUUGUGGGGUUUGCCUUAGAGGAGGGCUUGGAAAACUACAGCCCAUGGGCCAUAUCCAGCCCAGCACCUGAAUUUGUACAGCUCCCGAGGCAAGAAUUUUUUUUUUUUUUUUUUGAAACGGAGUUUCGCUCUUGUUGCCCAGGCUGGAGUGCAAUAGCGCAAUCUCAGCUCACUGCAACCUCCGCCUUCUGGGUUCAAGCAAUUCUCCUGCCUCAGCCUCCCAAGUAGCUGGGAUUACAGGCAUGCGCCACCACGCCUGGCUAAUUUUGUAUUUUUAGGAGAGAUGGGGUUUCUCCAUGUUGGUCAGACUGGUCUCAAAUUCCCGACCACAGGUGAUCUACCCGCCUCGGCCUCCCAAAGUGCUGGGAUUACAGGCGUGGGCCACCGUGCCGCAAGAAUGUUCUUUACAUCUUUAAAUGGUUGAAAAAAUACCAAAAGACUAUUUUGUGACAUAUGAAAAUUACAUGAAAUCCACAUUUCAGUGUCCGUAGGUAAAGUGCUUUGGCGCACAGCCAUGUUCAUUCAUUCACAUGUUGUCUGUGGUUGCUUUUACACUACAGAGGCAGAGGCCGUAUGGCUGCCCAGCCCAAAAUGACUGGCCCUUUGCAGAAAAGGUUUGCCCACCCCUGCCCUAGAGGACAGCAAGUAAAGGUUUGAUCUGGAGUCGGAGGUGGAUUGGCCCCUGGCUCUGGCACAUACUGACUGUGCGAUUAGGCUGCCACUCACCUCUGUCAGCCCCAUUUCCUCUGUGAAAUGGAGAUGACAGCUGGGCUUAUCUCAGGCUUGUUGUCAGAAUCAAGUGGAAAAAUUGCAAGAGAAGUGCUUAGAGAGCCUGUCACUUGGUGAGCACUCUUGCAGAUGGUAGCUGUCAUUAUUAGGGGUAUGCUCUGGAAUUGGGGGCCUGUUAUGUUCAGGUAGACUUUCAGACAGGUGGAGGCAGAGGAAACUGCGUUCUUGCAUGCUGACAUGUCUAGAAUAUGCAGAGUGGUCAGAUCCUCUCCCUGGCCUGUUCCUGGAUCUAGGCGUGGGUAGACUGAGUGCUGUGGGAGCCCAGAAAAGGCCUCAGUGACUCUCCAUCAGGUAGCUGAGGCCGACAAGGCCAUUCUUGCAGGAGGACCUGCAGAGACAAAGGCCCUGGGUGGGAGAGUGUUAGGCUGUGGGGGCAGUUUCUCUGCACUGCGCUGACAUUCUCUUCUCUUCCUCCCAUCCUCUAGGGCCCAGGAGACACCAGCGGGGGCUGCCGCUGCAGGGUAAAUGGGAUUCCUUGCCACCCAAGCUGUCAGAACUGCCACUGAGCUAAAGAUGGUGGGGCCACAUGCUGACCCAGCCCCACAUCCACAUUCUGUUAUGGGGCAGGGCUGGGCUUGGGGCUCUGGCUCCAACUUCUGGCUGGGAGAUGCUUUUGUGCAGAGGCCAAGUCCCUGAGCUUCGUGGACAGCCUUGCUUGCUGUAGCGUUGUAGGGGCCCUGCCUGCACUGCUGUUGUCCACGGUCACAUCUGCCCCAGUGCUUUUGUCCUUCCCUUGGGGCUUGCCGGCCAGACUUCUCUCCCCUGCAGCUCCCACCUCUGCCUGACCCCAGCCUUAAACAUAGCCCCUGGCCAGAGGCCUUGCUGAGUGGAGCCUCUGUGUGACUCCGUACUCCUCCCACCACAACACUCAUCUGUCGAACACCAAGCACUCUCAGCCUCCCCGCCUUCCCCUGUCAGCUUUCUGGGGCUAACUUCUCUGCCUUUGUGGUUGGAAGCCUGGGGCCUCUUAGAACUCUUGCUAACCUGUUCAGAGCGAGGAAGGAGAAAGCACAGUUUUGAAAGCACAGCCCGUCAGGUCCGGCUCUGCAUCUCCCUCUCUGUAGCCUGUGUAAGCUAUUAUAAUUAAAACGGUUUUCCGGGAA